AUGUCUUUCCUUAGUAAUAUCCAACAACAAUUGCAGGAGACCUCACAGCAGCUUUCCAAUUCAAUCAAUUCAUUGAAUUUAGGAGAAACUGCCGCAUCAUUGUCUACCAAGGUGCAGUCAAACUUGACCAACCUUGAGAAGGAGGUCAGCAAUCUGAAACCAAUUUUAGCACGUACUUCUCGUUCACUUCAAGAGAAAUUUGGUGGUAUUCAAGAUAUUAGUGAGUUGCCUCAGGAAUACAAGGAUUUGGAAUGCCGUGUUGACAAUAUUCGUGAAUUUUACAGAAAAGUUUUAGAAAUCACAAGAAACUAUGAACUUGAAGCCUAUGAUAAUCCAAACAACUUGAAGGAAAGUUUUGCAGAUUACGGAUCUUUGAUUAACCAAAAGAUUGUUGAAUUGUCAAGUGCCUCCACAGCUCAAGAGGCUGAAAAGGUAUUAACUUCAGGACGUAAAGAUAAGACCCCACGUACUUUUGCACAUCAAUUUGCAAAGAGUAUGAACAAGGCAAGAGCUGAUAUUUUGGCAAAUAAGCCUGUCUCCUUAAUACCAAAGACAAAUGAACCUGAAAGCUUUGAAGGUGAAGAUACUACUUUAACAUUGGCAUUGGAGAAAAUUGCAGAGUAUGAAACCAAGAUUGGUAAUGAAAGGCUAGAACAAGACAAAUUAAUUAUUGUUGAAUUUAAUUCCAAAAUCAAUGGUUUGUUGAAGGAAGAAUUUACCAAGUGCUCUAAAUUGAGAAGCAACGUUGAAACAGCGAGAUUAAACUUUGACACUGUUAGAUCACAAAUCAGAACAACUCAGAAUGGUGAUGAAACAGUGGUAGUUCCUGAAGAAUUAACAAAAAAGCUGGAAAAAUGUGAAGAUGAGUUAGUCAAUGCUACUGAGAUUGCUGUUGAGGCAAUGAAGGAGUUAAUCAAACCCCUGGAAAGCGUCAAUUUGAUGAAAUUACUUUUCAAAAUCCAGCUAACAUAUCACAAGAACGUUACUAAGUAUUUAGAAGAACUAAUUGAUAACCUUGAAUCCAUCUCAUUAGAAGAAGAUGACUAG